AUGAUUCUAAUGGAUGAGGAGGGAAGCAAAAUUCAUGCAUCUUGUGUGAAGAAAUGGUUUUCAAAAUUCCAAAGCUAUCUUAAAGAAGAUAGUUCAAUAUAUGUUAAGAAACCUAACGUAGCACCAAAUACUUCAAAAUUUAAGUUUGUUCAUCCGGAAAGUAAACUUACCUUUAACCACAAUACAACUGUAAAAGAUUGUGACAACUUUUCUGGAUCUGCACACGGCUUUGAUUUUGUUGACUUCAAUACUAUCAUUUCGAACAAUAUCCUGGAGGCAAAGUCUUUUGAUAUUAUUGGACACAUUUUUGAAUAUGGUCGUAUGGAUACCUCUAAACAAGAUAAAUCACAACACAAAAUGUUGUUGCAUCUUCAAGAUAUAGAGGAUACUAAGCUUAAAGUAACUAUUUGGGGUCAGAAUGCAUACUACAUGUCUGAUUUUCUUGCUAACAAUAAUAGCCUUGCUCCAGUUGUUGUUAUUGUUCAGUUUACCAGAAUGAAGUUUAUUAAUGGUCGUCCUUUUUCAUCCACCUACUUUGAUGUUAGUAGAUUGGUUUCUGAAAACAAUCAACAACUUUCAUCAUGUGGAAUCAAGAUGAUUGCAUCAAAACAAGACAGAGAACACGAUGACUUUCUGAAAAAUCAUUUGUUUUCAAACAUUGAUGAUGUUAUUGAACCUUUAGAGGAAAAAAUGGUGAUUAUUGUUGGUACUGUUAAGGGAAUACGUCAAAACAUACGUUGGUAUUACCUUGCUUGUAGCAACUGCAAAAAGUCAGCAAGAGAAAAAUCGACUUCUACCGAUAAGGUUGAUGGUUCUCAUGAAGUGGCUGAAAUCGUUACUUAUGAAUGUACUAAUCCUAUAUGCAAAAAUAUCAAAUUUUCGGUUAUUCCAAGAUUUAAAAUCUCACUUCGGGUUCAAGACAACACAGGAACCUUGACUUUAACCUUAUUUGAUCAAGAAGCAAAGAAGUUAUUCAAAUACACAGCUAAAGAGUUGUAUGAUAAAAACAAGAAGCCUGCCAAUUCUGAUUCAUUCAUUAUUGGUACUUCGGAUAUUACCUCCCAAGACACCAAAGUUCUUAAGACAGGUGAAAAUUUAACACCAUCUGCUAUAGACAAGUCAACUGCAACAAGUCAUAUAAAGCUGAUUUCCACACCAAAUGAGUUGAAAAGAAACCUUGCUACAUCCAUAGAUCUUGAUGAAAUGGAGAAUUUUUCUACUUCUAAAAGUGCUCGAUUGUCACCACCAGAUGAACAACCAACGCCUCUUUUGGUACCCAAGAAAGAAAAGUAA